ACACUGUGUCCCACAGUGCCUCGCGCGUCAUAGCCUUCCUCUUUUACCCAGCCCCGCCUUCUCAAGACGCCGAAAGCUGCAGGAUUGGCCUUUGUCCUAAACCAUCGAUAGGCAUGGAUUUGCCAGAUGACAGCCAGUGGGAUGAAACCAUCUGUGACUUGCCUGUUUGUCCGCAUCCACAAUGCUGGGCAGCUGUCCGUCGAAUUGAAAAGGGCCAUCCUCGAAUUCUGAGCUCACCCUGCAAAACUACCUUGGGUGCUGAAGAUAAACUCCCAGUGCUCACUGUUGUAAACAUCUCAGAUUCCUGCUUCCAGGCCAAGAAACCUGCUCUUCGACAAUCACCAGAAUUUACCUUCACUAAAGCUCAUUCUUUAUUGUCUCGAAGUUCAAAGCUUGCCUACAAAUUUCAAGGCAGGCCUCAUAAGGAUUCACCUGACAAAGGUUUGAUCACCUAUACUAAGAGAUCUCCCAAAGAAAGUCACAAAAAGCUUUCAGUGUUGAAUUUGAAUGAGAUACAACUUCCUUGCUCUGAAGAUGUUAGACAUAUGGUUGUGAUCUGGAUCCCAGAAGAACCAGAAAAGAAUGUGUGCUUACCUAAGAAGACAUCUCCUUUCCUCAGCCAAUAUGGGAAAAAGAAGAGAAAGGAAUUAUCAGAGAAAAUGAAGUCAUCUCUGGGUCCCCCUGAAAGACAGUUCACAGACAUAGGGCCGAGAACCUCAAAGGUGGUUGUGCCUCCCUCCUCCCCAGUAGUACAUGCGUCUGAGCAGUUAAGUUCAGAAAUACCUCUCAGGACCCAAGACAAUGCUCUACCUCAGGAUCUGCUGAAGGAGCUUUUGCCACAUGGAGAAAAAAACAUCCCUUGUGCAGAGAUGAAAAUACAAUUGGACAAGAUGAAGAAGAGUCUUCCCCUGGAAAAGAACCGACAUGACAGUGCGAUUUCUUCUAAGAUGUUUCUAACUGUACACCGCCUCACCCUGCAGAGACCAGCGUUGCGAUAUCCCGAACAUCUGAAGAAAUUACAUCAUAGCCUGAAGAGAGAAGGUCACAGGAAGCAGCAGCCACAGAGGAGUAAGGAGAAAACCCCUACUCAGGAACAGGAGACUAAAGAGAAAGCCAAGAAUGAUCUGAGGAUCCAGAACACUCCAUAUGAACAUUCAGUUGCUGUUGCUUAUAACCCUCUCUGUGGUCACAGCACUCUUUCUGGUCAGGAAAGUGGCACCCAGCAGCACCAGCAGCAGAUGAAUACAGAAGGAGUCACCCUGAAACAGGUUUCCAUAGAGAGAUCAAGAAAGGGCCACUUUGACAAGUCCCUGGAUUUCUCCCCUGAUAUGAAAAAUUCUAAAAUGUCUAAGACGGACCUCCCUUGCAAGGAUGUAGUGCCUCAGUGGAGACAGUACUGGAAGCCUCAAUUGCCGACCAAGAGAAGAUCCUUGGAGACCUUUCAGAAAGAGUGAAAAAUAAGCUGGAAGCCUGAGCUCAAACUACUGAGGAUUCUUCAGGCCACUGAUAUUGAGGAGGAGGAGAACCAGUCCAGUAGGGCAGAGAGUGAGAAUUCUUCGGACACAGACUGAAGGUGUCACCUGGGGCAGCCUUCACCAGAGCAGUAUGCUUGGCAUCCCAGGGACAAUGACCUUUGACAUAAGGCAGAAAACAUAGGUUACUUCUGCCCCUCCCAAGUCUCCAUUAGGACCUAAAUUUAGAGGUUCAGCUUUUUUUAUUCUGUUUUUUACUAACCUCUAAAAUAAGUGAGGGAGAAAAAGCUCCACUCUUUCUCAGUUUAAGUGACUUCUCUUCCAUUAGGGUCAAAAUAAUUUUAAUGAUUAAACACAACCACUUCUCAAUCAAAAGAUACUUUGUGUUUUUGGGAGGUGGGAAGAAAUGUUUCUUAGCAUCUGUUUUAUCUCUUCUCCGAAGCUCUGAAAGGUUUUCAGUUGUACGAAGCUAAAUUUGGCCUAUGGUAGUCUCCAUGGUAUUUCUAGAUUUUUCUGUUAUUUCCUUUCUUUAGGAGAUGGAAUCUGCAUAAUUAUUAAAUAAUAUUCAUUGUGUCCUUGUGUGUAUGGUACUGGACUCAUUGAUCUGGAAGUGCUUGGCACUCUAGUUCUAAGAAAUUGAGUUUUUGGGGAAGUUUCAUUGAUGCUCAUAGAUUCAUAAUUCCAGAAGAAUUUAGAAGCCCUCCAAUUUAGUUUUUGGAAGACUGUUUUUCCCGCAGUGUUUUAGUCUUAAACUUUUAAACCAGGUGUGGUGGCACAUGCCUAUAAUCCCAGCAC